GUAUAAUCUUUAUGCUUAUUUAGACAAGUGAAAAAAACAGAAAUGACGACUCGAGAUUUGCUCUCUCUGCACGAAACACUUUCAAAGUUUGAUGGGUUGGAAACCCAACAGUGUUUCUUUAUGACGAGUUUGUGUCCAAACGAAUGUGGACAUGGAGGAGUUAAUGCUGUUUUUUCUAUUAAGAAGUAUUUACAUUAUGAAAAGCCUGGCCAAUAUGGUGACAAGAAAAGUGAUAAGUAUUAUGUGCGUAUUUCACAUGAAGUAGAAACAACUGGGUUAACACCGGAAAGAAAACAGGUUUUAGAUUCAUUAAAAGCAGGUGAUUUUGUGCUAUUGUCAUGGAAUCAUGACUAUGUUCAUAAAGAAGGUUGUUCAUAUCCAGAAAGACCCAUCACAAAAUUAGAGAAAAUUACUGAUGAUGAAGCAAACAAGAUGUAGCAGGAAUUCCUGUUAACUACAUACUGAUGAAUACUCAUGUGUGAGUGUUUAAGUACAGGUGGAUGAAAUGCUAAGUAUAGUAAAGGAUGGUCACAAGUAAUUAUCAAAGAUGUAUACCACUUUGUUUGCACCAUAAUUAUGCAGAAGCACAAAAAUGCCAGUAUAUUUAAAGUUCUUUUUGCAUUCACCUGUUCCAUAAUGCUCGCAUGUGCUUCCCUUUCAUCUGAUAUGGAUACAUCUUUUAUAAUAUUUUUAACUAUAAAAGUGGGUUAUAAUUAUUUAUUCUUAAUUCUUUAGAAUCUUCUAAUUUUAUAAAAAAAUUCCCAAGGAUUAGUUUAAAUUAUUAAUAUGGCCUUUAUAAUAUCAUUCAAAGGCCUUUUUUUAAAUAUAUAUAUACAGGUAAUGAUUCAUUAGUUGAGAGGUCAUUAAAGUGUAAAUACAUGAAAGAGGAAAGGAGGUCAUUAGGUCA